CCACCUAUCAAUGCCAAUCAGUGCCACCUAGCAGUGUGCUGCCAAUCAGUGCCACCUAUCAGUGCCAGUCAUGCGCCUAUCAGUGCCUGUCAGUGCCGCCUAACAGUGCCAGUCAGUGCUGCCUAUCAGUGCCAGUCAGUGCCGCCUAUUAGUUUCCAGUCAGUGCCGCCUAUCAAUGCCAUAUAUGCCAGUAUCAGCCCAUCAAUGAUGCCUGUCAAUGCCCAUCAGUGCCACCUACCAGUGCCUCCUUAUCAGUGCCACCUUUCAGUGUCCAUCAGUGCAUCCUAUUAGUGCCCAUCAGUGCAGCCUCAUUA